AUGAAAGUAGUCUUGGACAAUCAAUAACUAGUAUUAAAUUUCCAGAUUAGUAAUUUAAAAACUCAAAAUAAAUUAGUUACAUUAAAUACCAAAAAUAAAAUCACUGAUUAAUUAUAUUAAAUGUAAAUGGCAAUACUUAAGAUAUUGGACUCAACAUCAUCAAAGCAGAAGCUUAAUUUAGGCUCUAAAAAUACAUGUGAAAUAAUUUAUCAUAAUUUAUUCAAUUUAUUUUUAUCUAAAUAUCUUGCAUUUAAUGCAAUCUAGCAAUUAUCAUUCUUUCAUUUGAUAUUUAUUUCUAGGAUUGUUUUAGAAGGAUUGUUGUAAAUAUUCUUAAUGUUAGAUUUUGGAUUAUUAUAUAAAUUCAAUUCCUUUGUAAAAAUUUUUGGAUGA